AUGCCAGCUCCUGUUGACUUCAAAAAUCGCUACGUAUCAACUGGCGGCGAAGGAUGGAACAUUACGGAGAAAAACUCCUCUCUCCCCAGUGGAAUCAAUAUGGGUGCGGUUGCCGGUACCACGGACGGUGGAUUUGGUGGCUUUGAUGUCAGCUCCUGGGAAUUCUGGUUGAAAGGCGACGGCGAGGUCAAUUGGGACACUGUCUACAUGUUUGGGUACAAGGCCAUCGAUGAGCUGAGUCAGAUUGGCAAGGCAUUCACCAAGUCCUUCUAUAACAUGUCAGACACCAAGCUCUGGGCUUACUUUGAUGGGUGCUCCGAGGGAGGCCGUGAGGGCUGGAGCCAGGUCCAGAUCGGAGCUAAUCUUGACGGUGCCGUCAUUGGCGCACCAGGCAUGCACUUCUCCUUCCAGCAGAUUCAACACCUGUGGUCUCAAUUUGUGGAGUACCAGCUCAAUUACUACCCACCGUAUUGUGAGUUGGAGAAGAUUGUCAAUCUCACGACAGAGGCCUGUGAUCAUCUCGACGGCCGGGUAGACGGAGUGGUCGCUCGCACUGAUAUGUGCAAGCUGCAUUUCGACUUGAAUUCGACCGUCGGUGAAGCCUAUAGCUGUGACUCAUCCGCCGUGAUCACCAAUUUUAUGCCUUAUAUCCCAUCUCAAAAUGGGACCGUGACUGCAGAGGGCGUGGCUGUCGCUCGGGAGAUCCUCAAUGGCGCACAUGACAACCUUGGCCGACGGAUUUAUGUGUCCUACCAACCUACAGCCUCAUUCCAAGACGCUCAGUCAGCCCAGUGGGUUGAGAUUGGGCUGAAUCUCUUGACCAACGUUUCUGCUCUUUCUAGCUUCGAAGGCGUGACAAGGGAUACCUUCCGCGACUGGAUUGCCACUGGCUUCCAGAGAUACUACGAUUCACUGGAGACGACGUGGCCUGACCUUUCAGUCUGGCACAACGCCGGCGGCAAAGUUCUGCAUUACCACGGCGAGUCAGACCCACAGGUUCCAACCGCUGGCUCGGUCCGUUACUAUGAGUCGGUCCGAAGCGUCAUGUACCCUGAUCUCUCCUAUAACCAGAGUGUUGCAGCACUGAACGAUUGGUACCGUCUGUUCCUCAUUCCUGGCGGCGCUCACUGCGGCGCAAACAGCCUUCAACCCAACGCUCCUUGGCCAGAGAGUACUCUGGCCACCCUAAUCGAUUGGGUGGAGAAGGGCAUCGAGCCCAAGACGCUCAAUGGGACUGUUCAGUCUACUGGUGCUCAGCAGCAAAUCUGUGGUUGGCCCCUCCGUCCUUACUGGAUCAACAAUGGUACCAAGUUGCAAUGCGCAUAUGACCAAAGGUCCCUCGAUACCUGGAAGUACGACCUCAAUGCUUUUAAGAUGCCGACUUUCUGA